ACGUUUACCAGUUUCGGAGUUUUCGAUUGCGUCAGUCCAGCAAUUCCCUAAAUCUACACUUGUGAUCGGGUUCUCCGCAGAUAUGAUGGAUGGUAUUGCAGUAUCGAGCAGCCACCUGGCUGAACAGAACCUGGAGAAGCUUAAUGUCAAGGAAUUAACUCCUUUGACGCCAGAAGUUAUAAGCCGGCAAGCGACGCUCAACAUCGGCACCAUUGGCCAUGUGGCUCACGGAAAAUCCACGGUUGUGAAAGCUAUAUCUGGCGUCCAGACUGUCCGUUUUAAAAAUGAACUAGAGAGAAAUAUCACCAUUAAGCUGGGAUACGCGAAUGCAAAGAUUUUUAAAUGUGAUAACGAAGAGUGUCCGCGACCAGGAUGUUACCGUUCAGGGGGCAGCAUGAAAGAGGAUGUGUUUCCCUGCGAUCGGUCCGGGUGCGGGGGAAAAUUCCGAUUACUGCGUCAUGUUUCUUUUGUGGAUUGCCCUGGCCACGACAUUCUGAUGGCUACCAUGUUGAACGGCGCGGCUGUAAUGGACGCCGCACUGCUUCUGGUUGCGGGCAACGAAUCGUGUCCGCAGCCCCAGACAUCGGAACAUUUAGCUGCCAUUGAAAUCAUGAAAUUAAAACACAUCAUUAUCCUUCAGAACAAGAUUGACAUUGUCAAAGAGACUCAAGCGAAGGAGCAGUAUGACCAGAUUCUGAAAUUCGUUCAGGGAACGGUCGCCGAAGGCGCUCCGGUAAUCCCCAUUUCUGCCCAGUUGAAGUACAAUAUCGAAGUAUUGUGCGAAAUGAUCGUCAAGAAAAUUCCUAUUCCGCUGCGGGACUUCACAUCGGAAGCGCGCCUGAUUGUCAUUCGAUCCUUCGAUGUCAACAAACCGGGAUGUGAAGUGGACGAACUGAAGGGUGGCGUGGCCGGAGGAAGUAUUUUGCGGGGCGUGCUCCGCGUCGGUCAGGAAAUUGAAGUGCGACCAGGGAUCAUUUCGAAGGACGCGGACGGCAAGCUAAUUUGCCAUCCCAUUUUCUCGCGCGUGGUGUCCUUACUAGCCGAGCAAAAUGAUCUGCAGUAUGCUGUUCCGGGAGGCCUAAUUGGUGUGGGCACCCGCAUAGAUCCGACACUGUGCCGUGCCGAUCGUUUGGUAGGGCAGGUUCUGGGUGCUGUUGGAUGUCUGCCGGCCAUCUUCACCGAAUUGGAAAUGUCUUACUUUUUACUGCGCCGCUUGCUGGGUGUGCGGACAGAGGGAGACAAGAAAGGCGCCAAGGUAUCGAAGUUGACAAAGAACGAGAUUCUCAUGGUCAACAUAGGAUCGCUGUCCACGGGAGGCCGUGUGGUAGCCGUAAAAUCGGAUCUGGCCAAAAUCAGCUUGACGAGUCCUGUGUGCACAGAGGUUGGUGAGAAGAUUGCCCUUAGCCGUCGUGUCGAAAAGCACUGGCGAUUGAUCGGAUGGGGCCAAAUCCGCCGAGGGGUUACCAUUACACCCAGUCAAGUCGGCGCUGGCGGCAAUUAAACCGUAUCUUAUUUUUUUCUAAAUAAAUUGUUCAUGGUUUUUUGUUUCGUUUUUCAUUAAUCACUUUCUAUAAAAAAAAGCUUUAAUGCUGUUGGUGACGUUGAACAUUCUGGCAGAAGUGAAUUUCUUUACGGAAGAUGACAAAUUGACAACUCACUACAUAUUUAGAGAAGUCUACAAGAAACAAUGUUCAGAUUAAUGU